AGUCCAAAGCCACAGGGCAUUAUAUGGGAGUGAAUCACAGUGCCAACAUCACCGCUAGGUCAUGUAUAAAUACCUAGCAGCGGACAGCCCCACUGCGCUUCAUCCACUCUGAAGAGGCAAGAUCCACAGGGAGGUUUGUACUGCAUCAGUAGCUGGAUAUAUGAGAAAAAGUAAUGAUGAAAGUCUUUGGGUCAAUAGUGGGCCUUGCCCUGCUCCUUGUCUCUGCUCAGUGUCUGCUGCCUCCAUCCAAGGACGAUCUAAGCCAGAUUUCCCUCCUUGGAAUGAAGUACCUGGACAAGCAGAUAGAAAAUGCUAUCAGUGGGGUGAAGGAGAUGAAGACAGUGAUGGAGAGGUCUGGAGAGGACCAUGAGAAGUUCCUGAGUGCCCUGGAGAAAACUACAAGGCAAAAAGAGGAUGCUCUGAAGGCAGCUCAGGAGAUGGAGACGAAGCUGAGUGAGGAGCAGGAGGUGUGUAAUGGCACCAUGCAGUCUCUGUGGGAGGAGUGCAAGCCCUGCCUGAAGAACACCUGUAUCAAGUACUACUCCAGGACCUGCAGCAGUGGCGCUGGACUAGUCGGCAGACAGCUGGAAGAGGUUCUGAACAGGACCUCUCCAUUCUCCAUCUGGAUCAAUGGGGAGAACAUGGAUGUUCUGGAGCGAGAGGACCAGGAGCAGAGCUGGAGGUUCCAGAACCUGGAGGAGCGCUACUCCAACGUGGCCGAUGGGGUGGACAGCAUCUUCAUUGACAGCAUGAGGGUGUUUGACCACAUGCGCUCCCUCAACCCUCCCAUGUUCCCCAGCCCCUACCGCAUGCCCAGCAUCUGGGGUCAGGGUGAGAGGGCCAAUGAGAGAGCAGAGAGGGCAAAGGCGGGCGAGGUGCAUUCCCGUGUGGUCAGGUCCCCUCUGAAGGACCCAGACUUCCAUGGGUUCCACAACAUGUUCGCUCCCAUGAUGGACAUGGCCUGGAAUAUCUUUGGCUCCAUGGGGCCUUUCAUGGACGCAGAUGCUAACUUUGACAUCAACCCCUCAGAGGAGGGGAGUGUGAAUGAGGAUGUUGUUGUGACAAAGCCUUCCGGUAUGACCUGCAGAGAGAUACGUCGCAAUUCUGCUGGCUGCAUUAAACUGCGAGGAGAGUGUGAAAAAUGUGUAGCGAUCCAGGAUAUUGACUGCUCUGGGAAGAAGCCUCUGACUGGUCCUCUGAAGGAGGAGCUGGAGCAGGCCCUGGCCAUGGCUGAGAAGUUCACCCAGGAGUACAACAAGCAGCUGAGGAGGUUUGAGGAGCAGAUGUCUAACACAUCCAGCCUGCUAGACCUGUUCAGCAAGCAGUUUGGCUGGGUGUCUGCCCUGGCCAACAAUACCGACACCAAGGAUGGAAUCUUCAAGAUCGAAACAGUGAGACUCCAUAGUCUGCAUGGGGUUUCUAUUACUAAAGUCAUGUCCAAGGACACGGAGGACCCUGAGAAACCAGGGGACACCAACGUGUCUGUGCAGCUGUUUAACACCCCCGCCAUGACCUUCAGUGUGCCUGGAGACAUUACCUGGAACGACCCGAAGUUCUCAGAGGUGGUGGCACAGGAGGCCCUUGACCGCUACAAACAGACAACAGUAGUGGUGAAGUAGACAUCUGAGGGCACCAAUGUUCAGGAUGAUUUCACAAGUCAACUAUAAGAGAAGAGAAUAGAAGUGAAACCUACGUCCUCGUCAUUGUUGAUAUUACAAGUUAUUGUAUUCCUAUAUGUUGUGUAACUAGAGUUCAUCCUGCUAUAAAAAACCUAACUAGAAAUGGUGCACCAAGUCCUGUUGUCUUGAGAAAGAAAAAUAUAGUACUAAUGUUACCCUUUGAGUAAAACUUGUUCACUGCUCCUUCUUUCAA